UCUGCAACAAAAUGAAUAUGAUGUGGAGUUGAUAAUUUUCUGGAUCACACUAACCCUAACCCUAACCCUAACCCUAACUUAAAUUCCCAGUUCGUAAUUUGUUACGAUGGAACACGAAGACUCCAAUUCGACCAUCAACGAAAGCGAUGCCGAGUCGUACGUCGAUGCCUGGGAGAAUAUGGAGUCCGAUCACUCCCUUUGCAUUUCCAAUCUUUCCUCAAUCUCCAAUCUCAACGAUAUCAACACCAGUUCAAUCCAAUCAAAAGAAACGCCGGAAUCUACAUCAUCUUCUUCCGAUGCCGACCUUUGUGAUCGGCAACUUGUUUCCCGGAAAAGUUUGAAUGAAUUCUCCCCGUCUCAUUCCUACAAAAAUGAUACUGAUCGUUUGGUAGAUUUUGAUUCUCAUGGUUUCACUAUGUCUGCGGGGGAUGAUUGUCAAAUUUCCUGGAAAAAUGAGGAAUCAAAAAGUAAAUUAAGUUCCACUAGGAUUCAUGCGAGCUCAGGCAGUGUCCGUGAGCUGUUAAAUGAGGAGACUAAUGGUAAUUCUGCAAUUACAAGUGUUAAUGAUGAUGAAAGAAUCAAUGAUGGCUCCAUUACAGCAGAUUCUCCCGUUUCUGGUUCAAAUUUUAUUUUUGCCUUGGCUGGAUUCGUGAUUAAAGUUAUUGGGUUUCAAUUAAAUUUACUAGUUAGUUCUAUCACAUUGCCCAUAUGGUUAGUUUACUUUUCUUACAUGUUUGUGACGGAUCCAUUUAGGAUCAUGAGACGUGCAAAAUAUUAUGUGGUGGGGAACAUUUCAAGAAUUUGUGGUGUCUGUUAUGGUUGUGUCAAAUGGACUAUGUAUAUGUGGAUUAGAAAACAUGAAUCUACAUGGAAGUUGUGUCUUCAAAUCGGUUGGGGAUUGUUGUGGUCCGUUUAUGUAGGUUUUAUUUUGAUUAGUUUAUUAGUUUUUGCAUUUGUUAUUAGCGGCAUCAUCUUGAAAUGCAUAAUGGAUGAGCCGAUAAAGAUUACCGAGCAGUUGAAUUUUGAUUAUACGAAAGAGAGUCCCACAGCUUUUGUACCACUAAUGUCUUGUCCAGAGCCCUCUUUUCUGGAACACAGUGAACCGAUUUGCCCUGGGUGUACAGCUGAAUCGCGGGUUUUACCACUUGAUCACCGAGUGCAUGUCACUGUCUCCCUAUCAUUGCCAGAGUCAGACUACAAUAGAAAUCUUGGGGUCUUCCAGGUGCGGGUAGACUUCCUUUCUGGUAACGGUAAACGCCUUGCAAGCACCAGACAGCCGUGUAUGCUCCACUUCAAAAGUCAGCCGAUCCGCCUUCUAUUAACCUUUCUAAACCUAGCACCUCUCAUCACCGGCUAUUCAUCAGAAUCCCAAACGCUAAACAUAAAGUUCAGAGGAUAUACCGAAACAAGUGUUCCUACCUCCUGCUUGAAGGUAAUUCUGGAACAACGAGCAGAAUUCACAAGAGGGCGUGGCGUUCCUGAAAUAUACACGGCGUUUCUGAAACUAGAGUCCCAACCACCGUUCUUGAAAAGGAUUUUGUGGUCAUGGAAAGGGACUAUAUACGUGUGGGUUAGCGUUAUGAUCUUUGGAGUAGAGUUAUUGUUCACGCUUGUAUGUUGCACGCCUAUCAUCUUGCCAUGGAUACAGCCAAGGGGCAUUUCAUCAAAUAACAUUGUGGCUCGAAGCACAGGGGUCGGUCCAAAAUAGCUUUCUGGCUGGCUUUUCAGCAAUGGGUGAACUUGCUGCUACACUUUUUAGGUACCCAUAUAUCUUUCUGGAAAACAAAAUGUGUUCAUAAACAAAUCUCAUAUGUAAUUUUAAAUA